GAAGACCUAGUAGUAGUAUCAUUUUGUCUCUUAUAGUGGAAUUUGUCUUCUAAAAUACAGAAUUGUAUAGCAUUUUCUUUGGUUCAUUGUGAAUUACAUUAUAUAGCUAGAGUGUCUCAUUUGUCUUUUACUUGAUCCGCAGAAAACUUAGAAUAACGGAUAUCAUUCAUACUCACGACAAACACGCACGACAUCUCUAUGAUUCCUCCUAAGAAUCAUUCUCAACAUGCAUUCAUACAUUGAUACCCCUCCAAUAACAGCCUUUUUCCCCUUACCAUUUUCUUCGGAUUAACUCGGGAGAGUCUAGGAAAACUCGGGAAAACAAUGAAUCAAUGCUCCAGAUCAUAAAAAAGGGAGACGACACAUCUCCACUUAAAACAUUAAACAUUAUGUUCAUACAUAAAAAAAGCAUAAAAAAAAACAUAAAGUGGAUAUGAGACAUAACCGCUCACACUUACUAUAUCAUGUGUGCAACCAUCUAUUCUAUUUUCAUCUAACAAUUGAAAAUGCAUAAAAAAAAUUAAUUAAAAGAAGUUUAAGGAGAGAAAAAACAUAGAUGGACAAUUGAGAUGUAGCAGAACGAACAACAUGAAAGAAUGGACUCGCGGGAGAAUCCAACUUCCUUCGAUUGUGUGAACGUUAACCUAUAAAAAAUUAAAAAAUCCCUUAAAUAUGUAACGACUUUUAGAGGUCAACGGUUGUUUGCUGUAGCCCAUUUUCACAUCUCAUAUGAUAUACAUAUACUAUAGUAUCAUAGCACUCUCUCUAUAUAUAAAAAUUAACCAAGGCCAUAGUAUCUAUUCACAGUGCAGCUAGAAAUCAAGCAAACAAUCAUUAUGGCCGCUAAUAACACUUUGCCUGCAGCAUAUGCAACAAGUGCAGCAGUACCAGAUUGGUUAAACAAAGGAGACAACGCAUGGCAAAUGAUAGCAGCAACCCUUGUCGGAAUCCAAAGCAUGCCGGGACUAGUUAUCCUCUACGGCAGCAUAGUGAAAAAAAAAUGGGCUGUAAACUCUGCUUUCAUGGCUCUCUAUGCUUUCGCAGCGGUUAUAAUUUGUUGGGUUACAUGGGCUUAUAAGAUGUCAUUUGGUGAAAAACUUUUACCCUUUUGGGGUAAAGCCGGGCCAGCGUUAGGCCAGAAAUUUCUAAUUAAACAGGCCGCGCUACCUAGCACGGCCCAUUAUUAUAAUAAUGGGGAUUUGGAAACUGCUGAGCUUGAUCCAUUUUAUCCAAUGGCUACUAUGGUUUGGUUUCAGUGUGUUUUUGCUGCAAUUGCAUUAGUUAUAUUGGCUGGUUCUGUUUUGGCUAGGAUGAGUUUUAAGGCAUGGAUGAUGUUUGUGCCACUUUGGUUAACUUUUUCUUAUACUGUUGGUGCUUUUAGUGUGUGGGGUGGUGGAUUCUUGUUUCAAUGGGGUGUUAUGGAUUAUUCUGGUGGUUAUGUUAUUCAUCUUUCUUCUGGUAUUGCUGGUUUUACUGCUGCUUAUUGGGUUGGGCCUAGAUCAAAGAAGGACAGAGAAAGAUUCCCACCAAACAAUGUAUUACUAACAUUGGCAGGGGCAGGGUUACUAUGGUUAGGAUGGGCAGGUUUCAACGGUGGAGAUCCUUAUUCAGCCAACACUGAUUCCUCCAUGGCUGUUCUCAACACAAACAUUUGUGCUGCCACAAGUCUCUUAGUAUGGACAUGGCUUGAUGUCAUAUUCUUUAAGAAACCAUCUGUUAUUGGAGCUGUUCAGGGCAUGAUCACCGGCCUUGUUUGCAUCACUCCCGGCGCCGGUCUGGUUCAAGGAUGGGCUGCCAUAAUAAUGGGCAUACUAUCAGGAAGUAUACCAUGGUACACAAUGAUGGUACUUGGAAAAAAGUUUGCAAUAUUUCAAAAGGUUGACGACACCCUCGCCGUGUUCCACACUCACGCCGUGGCUGGCCUUCUAGGCGGUGUACUAACCGGCCUAUUCGCCGAACCAACCCUAAGUACUCUCUUUCUCCCCGUCACCAAUUCCAGAGGAGGUGUCUAUGGAGGCUCCGGCGGAGUCCAAAUCCUUAAACAAAUAGUUGGUGCUUUAUUCAUCAUUGGAUGGAACAUUGUUGCCACUUCAAUUAUUUGUUUAGUUGUAGGUUUAAUUGUUCCUUUGAGAAUGACUGAGGAAGAGUUACUUAUUGGAGAUGAUGCAAUUCAUGGGGAAGAAGCUUAUGCUUUGUGGGGUGAUGGUGAGAAACUAAGCCUCUACAAAGAUGAUACUACAAGUCAUGGAGUUUUGGCAUCAAGUGGUGCCACUCAAAUUGUCUAGAUUAUAUCAUGAGAAAAUUCAACAAGUUGGAAAUGGAUUGAGGGUUAUGGUUGAAUUGAUAUUCUUUAAUGUGAAACAUAUAAUCUUGGAGGAAAACAAAUAGUUAAGAAAAGAAAAAAAAUAUCUAAUUUGUUUUGUGCUUGUAUAUUUGUUGAUUUUAUUAUGUUGUCAUUUUGUCACCAAAUUCUAAAUUUCUAAUGAACGACUUUUAUGUUAACUAAUGUACACUUGUAGCCCAGUUAUAAAUGUAUCUACAAAGUUAAUUAUAUAUGCAAAUAUGCAAUUAUGUAA